AUGGAAGCUUUGUGUUUAAGAGUUUCUGUGCUGCUGCUAGCUCCAGGAUUUGCCCUCAGCGACAGCUCUGACAGAUACGCUGCCAACUGGAGUGACUUGGGAAACCACCUUUCCACUUUCUCAGGGAUGGAAUCCAGCCUCCUCCUCACCACCAGGCAGCCCCUGGUGUCCAACCAAACUGUCAAAUGCUCCCAGCAGACUAAGAUCGCCGAAACAUUUAAAUACAUUAACACGGUGGUGUCCUGUGCCAUUUUCAUCGUGGGGAUGGUGGGGAAUGCAACUCUCCUGAGGAUCAUUUACCAGAACAAGUGCAUGAGGAACGGCCCCAACGCGCUGAUCGCCAGCCUGGCGCUGGGAGACCUCAUCUAUAUUGUCAUUGAUAUUCCCAUCAUUGUCUACAAGCUUCUUGCUCAGAAGUGGCCUUUUGGAGAUUCUGAAUUUGGACAGUUUCUUUGCAAGUUCCUUCCCUUUAUACAGAAGGCAUCAGUGGGAAUCACAGUCCUUAAUCUCUGUGCCCUUAGUGUGGACAG